GUAACACCAAAGUUAGAGGGCCUCUUUGUUGGGUGUUUAAAGUUUGAGUACCAAAUUAGAAAUUUGAUCACUUUGUGAAAACUGAAAACUGAAAAGCCCGUAAACUAAAAUCGACCGCCAUCCCGGCCCAAACCUAACCGCUCCCUUUCUGUGUAUGUCCGUCGUCGGCGACGCCAAAAUCUCUUCCCCCGCCAAAUCGCCGGUUGCGGAGAUCCUUACUGUCAGCGGAACUGCUGGAACACCCAAGUUGGUGAAAAAGCUCGGUUCUUUCCUUGAUUAUGCAAGUACCCAAAUGGCGAAACGUGUUAAUCGUGAAGAACUACUUGAUUCCAGCUCUUUCUCAAUCGAAUCUGAACACCUCCUCCGUGGCCUCGAUUCAUUCGACGGCCACUUCCUGCGACCGGUCGAAGAACAAGGGAAAAACUGAUCAUGUGAGAUUCGCGGUACGACAAAAACGUGCUGAUACAAAGAAGGCUUUGAAGCAUCUCCUCUUCAGUAAUGGAACCUCACCACCGCGUCAGGAAGAACGAUUGUGGAACUUUGGUGCAGAAGACAGAUUUACUGCUGACAAGAAAAGACAUUCAAAUUCUUCAAGUCAACGUACAAACAGAAGGGGUCAUAGUGGCAGGAUGAAGCGCAAGUUUCGAAGAGAUACCUCUGGUGAGGACUCAGAUGAUCCCGAGUCCAUGUUCCAAGCGAAAUUCGGGAACAAAUGGUACACUUGGUCCUUCCACCAAGGGUUUGCUUCCCAACGAUCUAACACAGAGUCUGCACACUGGACAUGGAAGAGAAGUCAAGAAUGUGGCAAUGCAAGUGAACCCGAGUCUGAUCGGGAGUCACCCAUCGUUGUCGGAUCAUUUUCUGACAGAAGAACCCUCGGUUUGCCCUUGUCCGGCCCUCUGGAGAUCGAAGAAGUGAAGAACGCGUUUCGAGAGUCAGCACUGAAAUGGCAUCCAGACAGACAUCAGGUUUAUUCCCAGGCCACGGCUGCUGAGAAGUUCAAGCUAUGUGUUAGUGCAUAUAAAUCAUUGUGUUCAGCUCUGUCAUGACUCGUGGUGAUUCCCAGGCCGCUGCUGGUUUAUGAUCAAAGUCAGCUUCGUCCGUGGUUUAAACUUUGAUAGCCAACAUUCAUUUACUAAUAAUUAGUGGAGCUUUUACGAUUACUCGAAAUGGUAUCUACCUGUUCUACUGCAAUAUGUGACAUCCUUUGAUGAGUGAUGAAUGAACAUUGUACACAAAUUGUUACAUCUAUUUAGUAGUGAUCUUUGAAACUUGUAUGGGUGUUGUAUAGCAUUUACUUCAACAGAAGGUUUGAUGAUGUUAUUGUUACCAUAUACCAACCAUGUGGUGAUUUUAAUGAAU